AUGGAGUUCAUUUUUGGCUCGAAAUUUGAUUUCGAAAGCGCCCGAAAAUGGGCUUCAGAAAUGGAGUGGACGAUGGUGAACAUUUCGUUCACUUAUGUGGUCACCAUAUUUUUGAUCAAAUAUGCUAUGCGGGACAGGAAGCCGUAUGAGCUGCAACGGCCACUGGUCAUCUGGAAUGCACUGCUUGCUAUUUUUAGCAUUCUUGGUGUUGCAAAAAUAACGCCAGUCCUCCUGCAGCAUAUUACCACAAAAGGAUAUACCAGUAGUUUCACUGAAAUUGGACCAUGCUAUACGGACAAUGUUGCUGGUUACUGGACCUUUUUGUGGGUUAUUUCAAAAAUCCCAGAACUUCUGGAUACGAUAUUUAUUGUGCUGCGGAAGCGGCCAUUGAUUGUGAUGCACUGGUACCAUCAUGCACUCACCGGAUAUUUUGGUUUUGUCACGUAUGGCACUGGAAAUGCUUACAUGAUUUGGGUUGUUUGGCCGAAUUUCGUCUUUGUGAUAACGCAUAUCGUGAUGAUCCAUCUGGCCGUACUUGCACUCACAACAACAGUCAAUGACUAUGAUGUGACACUACGAGGAUUCAUCGUUGGUGCAAUAAUGGAAGUGUCAUAUCUGCUGCUGUGGCUCCGAUUCUACUACAUUUCCUAUUAUGCAAAUGGUGGCAAGAAAUACAUUGAGCACAACAAAAAAAGCGCCAAAGCGCAGCAGUGA